AGGUUGGAGAAUACUGCGCUGUUAGCCAGUUCAAACAAGGGUGCAGGAGCGGCUGGGUGCCCGGAUUUGCCGGGUGUAUUCGCGAUUCAUCGCCGGUCCGCAGGAGGGAGCAGUACGGAGGAUAGCUCACCACUUUAGCACCGAAGAAGAGAAAAGGAAACUAACAUGGCGGACGACAGCGAAUGGAUGAAACUUCCUGUUGACCAGAAAUGUGAACACAAGUUAUGGAAAGCCAGGUUAAACGGUUACGAGGAAGCGAUAAAAGUGUAUCAGAAAAUCGUGGAUGAGAAGAGUCCAGAAUGGUCCAAAUACCUGGGUUUGAUCAAGAAGUUUGUCACCGACUCCAAUGCUGUUGCCCAGCUAAAAGGCUUGGAAGCUGCCCUGGUGUUUGUAGAAAAUGCUCAUGUUGCUGGGAAAACUGCAGGGGAAGUAGUGUCUGGAGUAGUAAACAAAGUGUUCAAUCAGCCAAAAGCUAAAGCCAAGGAAUUUGGAUCUGAUAUCUGCCUAAUGUACAUGGAGAUUGAGAAAGGUGAAGCUGUACAGGAAGAGCUGCUCAAAGGUCUAGACAACAAGAACCCCAAAAUUGUGGUGACCUGUGUUGAGACAAUAAGAAAAGGACUAAGUGAGUUUGGUUCAAAAAUUGUGUCCCUGAAGCCAAUUAUUAAAGUUUUGCCAAAACUGUUUGAGUCUCGAGAGAAGGCGGUUCGAGAUGAGGCCAAGUUGCUGGCUGUGGAGAUUUACCGUUGGAUCAGAGAUGCCCUGAGGCCUCCCUUACAGAACAUUAAUCCCUUGCAGCUCAAAGAGUUGGAGGAGGAGUGGGUGAAGGUUCCCCAGGUGGCUCCCAAGCAGACCCGUUUCUUGCGCUCCCAGCAGGACCUUAAGGCCAAGUUCGAGCAACAGCAAGCCGCUGGAGAUGACGGAGAUGACGAUGAAGAGGAGGAAGCUUUACCUCAGGUGGACGCCUACGAGCUACUGGAAGCUGUUGAGAUUCUCUCCAAACUGCCAAAGGAUUUUUAUGAGAAAAUAGAGGCCAAAAAGUGGCAAGAGAGAAAGGAGGCUUUGGAAGCUGUGGAAGUCCUUGUUAAAAACCCCAAGCUGGAGGCUGGUGACUAUGGAGAUCUUGUCAGAGCUUUAAAGAAGGUUGUCGGAAAAGACUCCAAUGUCAUGCUUGUAGCCCUGGCUGCCAAAUGUCUGGCAGGGCUGGCUGCUGGUCUAAGGAAGAAAUUUGGUUCAUACGCUGGAAUUGCUGUGCCAACAAUUUUGGAGAAAUUCAAAGAAAAGAAACCUCAAGUAGUCCUAGCCCUGCAGGAGGCCAUGGAUGCCAUUUUCCUCACAACCACUCUGCAGAAUAUCAGUGAAGAUGUUAUCGGUGUUAUGGAUAACAAGAACCCAGCAAUAAAACAACAAACCUCCCUGUUCCUUGCAAGGAGUUUCCGUCACUGCACUCCAGCUACACUACCCAAGAGUUUGCUGAAACCUUUCUGUGCUGCUCUCCUCAAGCAUAUCAAUGACUCUGCUCCUGAAGUCCGAGAUGCAGCCUUUGAAGCGCUGGGCACAGCACAGAAAGUUGUUGGAGAGAAAGCAGUUAAUCCUUUUCUUGCUGAUGUUGAUAAACUGAAACUUGACCGGCUCAAAGAGUGCGCAGAGAAAGCGGAACUAGCCUAUGGUAAAAAGGGAGGUGCUGCUUCUGGAGAUAAGAAGGAAACCAAACCUACUUCUGCUCCUGGGAAGGCUGCGCCACCUUCAGCGGCUCCUGAGAGAGAUUCUGCCAAACCUGGCAUGGCUUCCAAAAAGCCAGCUGCAGCCAAGCCUGGAGGACCUGUCAAAAAAGCCAAACAAGCCGCAGCCGGUGGUGCUGCAAAGGGCAAGAAAGCACCUGAAGGCAAAGAAGUUAUUGAGCUGGAGCUCUCCCCCGAGGCCUGUGAAGAGAAAGCGGCAGCAGUUCUUCCUGCUUCAUGUAUGCAGCUGCUGGAUAGCAGUAACUGGAAGGAAAGGCUGGCAAGCAUGGAAGAGUUCCAGAAGGCUGUGGAGACUAUGGAAAGAAAUGAUAUGCCAUGCCAAGCUUUGGUCAAAAUGCUGGCAAAGAAACCUGGAUUUAAAGAAACAAACUUCCAGGUGAUGCAGAUGAAGCUCCGCAUUGUGGCUCUUAUCGCCCAGAAAGGCAAUUUCUCCAAAACCUCUGCCAAUGUGGUCAUUGAUGGCCUAGUAGACAAAGUGGGAGAUGUGAAAUGUGGCGGUAAUUCCAAAGAAGCACUUAGCGCUAUUGCAGAGGCCUGUAGCCUGCCUUGGACUGCCGAGCAGGUUGUAUCCUUGACUUUCGCACAGAAAAACCCGAAGAACCAAUCUGAAACUCUAAACUGGCUAGCAAAUGCUAUUAAAGAAUUUGGGUUUUCAGGGCUCAAUGUCAAGGCUUUUAUCACCAAUGUAAAGACAGCCCUUGCUGCCACAAACCCAGUGAUCAGGAUAUCUGCCAUCACCUUGCUGGGUGUGAUGUAUCUUUACAUGGGGGCGCCAUUGAGAAUGUUUUUUGAAGAGGAGAAACCUGCUCUUUUAGCCCAAAUUGAUGCAGAAUUUGAGAAGAUGAAAGGACAGACCCCACCAGCUUCAACCCGAGGAUCUUCCAAAUCUGGUGCAGGGGGAGACGAGGGUGAUGAAGGAGAGGCACAAGAAGAGGACGCCCCUGCUGAUGUCAUGGAUUUGCUGCCCCGGGCAGACAUCAGUGACAAAAUCACUAUGGAUCUCGUAUCAAAGAUUAGUGAUAAAAAUUGGAAAAUACGCAAGGAGGGACUCGAUGAAACGGCGGCCAUUAUGAACGAGGCCAAGUUUAUCCUUCCAAAUAUUGGAGAGCUUCCACUUGCACUAAAGGGCCGUCUUAACGACUCAAACAAGAUUUUGGUUCUGCAGACAUUGACUAUCCUUCAACAGCUGUCCACUGCCAUAGGUCCAAACAUUAAACAGCAUGUUAAGCACUUGGGUAUACCGAUCGUAACUGUCCUUGGGGAUAGCAAGGCAAAUGUUCGGGCGGCCGCAAUGGCAACUCUUAAUUCUUGGGUGGAACAGACUGGUAUGAAAGAUUGGCUGGAAGGAGAGGACCUGUCUGAAGAGCUGAAAAGGGAGAAUCCUUUCCUGAGGCAGGAGUUGCUAGGGUGGCUGGCUGAGAAACUGCCUACAAUGCGAACUGUCCCUCCAGAUCUUCAGUUUUGUCUUCCGUAUCUGUAUGGCUGCUUGGAGGACCGCAAUGGGGAUGUACGAAAGAAAGCCCAAGAGGCCCUGCCCAUGUUCAUGAUGCAUAUAGGAUUUGAUAAGAUGUCAAAAGCUACUGGAAAGCUCAAGCCAGCAUCUAAGGACGUAGUUGUUGCCUUGUUGGAGAAGGCUAAGGCCAGCAUGCCAGCCAAACCUGCUGCUCCUGCAGGCAAGACCAGCACCAAACAGGCAUCUGCACCAUCUUCAGCUCCUGCCCCAGCUGCAGCGGCUUUUGACGCAGGACCACCAGCGUCUGAGGGUAAGCCAGACCCCAAAAAAGGCAAACCAGGUGCCCCACUAGCUAAAGGAAAAACCCCGUCUGUGUCAUCAGAGGGUAAUACCAGCAUGACCCCAACGAAAGUAAACUCCAGCAUGUCCAAAUCCAAGACAGCUAAACAGGCGGCUGUGGCUGCGAAGAAAGCGCCAAGCAAGCCGGCAGUGAAGGAUGAAGAAGACAGGUCUGGACCCAUUUUUAUCAUUGUUCCUAAUGGAAAGGAACAGAGGGUAAAGGAAGAGAAGGGUUUGAAGGUUUUGAAAUGGAACUUCCCGACCCCUCGUGAUGAGUACAUCGACCAGCUCAAAACUCAGAUGUCAAUGUGUUUUGCAAAAUGGCUCCAAGAUGAGCUUUUCCAUGCAGAUUUCCAGCGCCACAUAAAGGGCAUAGGUGUGAUGACGGAGCAUUUGGAGAGUGAAAAGGAAGGUGUUAUGAGCUGCUUGGACCUCAUCCUCAAAUGGUUCACUUUGCGUUUCUUUGACACAAACACCAGCGUUUUGAUGAAGGCCUUGGAGUAUCUGAAGUUACUUUUUACUAUGCUUAGCCAAGAAGAGUACCACAUGACGGAGUUGGAGGCCAACUCUUUCAUACCAUACCUGCUGCUGAAGGUGGGUGAGCCAAAGGAUCUUGUGCGGAAGGAUGUGCGUGCCAUACUGACUAAGAUGUGCCAGAUCUACCCAGCAAGCAAGAUGUUUAAUUUUGUAAUGGAUGGGAUCAAAUCCAAGAACUCCAAGCAGCGGGCAGAAUGCCUAGAGGAGCUGGGCUGCUUGGUGGAAUCCUAUGGUGUGAAUGUUUGCCAGCCGACGCCUGCCAAAGCUCUUAAAGAGAUAGCUACCCAGAUUGGAGACCGUGACACGUCUGUACGCAAUGCAGCACUCAACACCAUCGUGGCCGUUUAUAAUGUGACAGGGGAACAAAUCUUCAAGCUCAUUGGAAAUCUCUCAGAGAAGGAUAUGAGCAUGUUAGAGGAGCGAAUAAAGCGUGCUGGGAAGAAGACAGGGGCUGCCCCAGCUAAACCAGUGGAAGAGAAGCCUCAGCGUGUUCAGAGUGCCAAUGCCAGCCUGUCUAGGAAAGCACCACCUGAAGACAUAUCUUCCAAACUCAAAAUUAUGUAUCGCACUUAUAGGAUCCAAGCCCGUAACAUGGGAGGACAUUCUGAGCCUGCGCAUAAUUCCGUUUCACGAGAAUUUCAGUUGGAUUUGGAUGAAAUCGAGAACGACAAUGGAACUGUAAGAUGCGAGAUGCCAGCUUUGGUUCAACACAAACUGGAUGAGAUUUUUGAACCAGUCUUACUCCCAGAACCAAAGAUAAGAGCGGUCUCCCCACACUUUGAUGACAUGCACAGCAACACAGCCUCCACCAUAAACUAUGUCAUCUCCCAGGUUGCCAGUGGGGACAUAAACACCAGUAUACAGGCUCUAGCACAGAUUGAUGAAGUUUUGCGUCAGGAAGAUAAAGCAGAGGCCAUGUCUGGACACAUAGACCAGUUCUUAAUUGCCACCAUUAUGCAAUUGCGUCUGAUAUACAAUACCCACAUGGCAGACGAACGGCUGGACAAAGAUGAUAUUGUACGUUUGUACAGCUGCAUCAUUGGCAACAUGAUCUCGCUCUUUCAGAUGGAAAGCCUGGCUCGGGAAGCUUCCUCUGGUGUACUAAAGGAUCUGAUGCAUGGCCUCAUUACCCUCAUGCUGGACUCCAGGGUGGAGGAUCUUGAAGAAGGCCAGCAAGUGGUGCGCUCAGUCAACCUCCUUGUGGUGAAAGUGUUGGAGAGAUCUGAUCAGACCAACAUUCUUAGCGCUCUUCUGGUGCUGCUUCAAGACAGUCUUCUUGCUACAGCCAGCUCACCCAAGUUUUCUGAGCUUGUCAUGAAGUGUUUGUGGCGAAUGAUACGGCUUCUCCCAGAAUGCAUCAACAACCUCAAUCUAGACCGAAUUCUGUUGGACAUCCAUAAUUUUAUGAGGGUCCUUCCGAAGGAGAAGCUGAAAGCACACAAGAGCGAGCUGCCUAUGAGGACUCUGAAGACCCUUCUGCACACUCUCUGCAAGCUCAAGGGAGCAAAGAUCAUGGAUCACCUGGGGAUGAUUGACAACAAGAAUGAGUCUGAGCUGGAGGCUCACCUGCUGAGAGUUAUGAAGCACUCUUUGGAUGGAAUGGGCUCCAAAAUGGACAAGGAGACUGAGAAGGGAGCAUCCCGCACAGAAAAGGGGUCAAAACAAAAUGUUGGCGAUUACCUGGCAGAGAUUUUCAAGAAGAUUGGAUCAAAAGAAAAUACAAAAGAGGGCCUUGCUGAGCUGUACGAGUACAAGAAGAAAUACUCUGAUGCGGACUUGGAACCCUUCCUCAAAAACUCCUCGCAGUUCUUCCAGAGUUAUGUAGAGCGAGGUCUUAGGCUCAUCGAGAUGGAGAGAGAAGGUAAAGGCCGUAUUUCAUCUACAGGUAUCUCUCCACAUGCGACUGAGACUAACCCUCUCCCAUCAGUCACUGGUGUGACCCAACCCACUAUAAACACUACUAAUGGGGAGGAGGUAGGACCCUCUGUGUACUUGGAGAGACUGAAAAUCCUGCGCCAGAGAUGUGGUCUUGAUAAUGCCAAGCAGGAUGAAAGGCCUCCACUCAGCAACUUGCUGUCCAAGUCCUCUGCCCCGGGAGUUCUGUCCUCCACAGACAUGCUGCACAGCAAGCUUUCUCAGCUCCGGGAAUCUCGAGAGCAGUUCCAGCACUUAGAUGUCGACUCCAACCAGACGCAAUCCAGCACUACCACCUCAUCCAAUACAUCCUCUGCCACCUCUGCUAACAACAUAGAUGACUUAAAAAAGAGACUGGAGAGAAUUAAGAGUAGUCGAAAAUAGUAACUCUUCAGCCCAGCGCUGCAGUAUUUUAUUUUUAUUUUAUUUUUAUUUUUUCUGACCUGUAGGAGCCUCUUGUCUAGCUCGUGGCUCCUUCUAGGCCUAUUGUAAACUAUCAUUUUAUGUAUCAUAUGUGUAUUUUCUUUGAUCCUGGGGAGGGAGAACAUUUACCGUGGCUGAGUAUUUGUACAUAUGUUGCUGUUCUAACUCCUCCUGUGUGUUUUUAGUGUACAGACUUCCCCCUUGUCCUAUACAUAAUCCUCAGCUAUCUAGAUCUUUUUGUCUGGUUCUAUUGGUCCGUUUUCAUGGCUCUUAUCUUUGUAGCUCUGUGGCUGUUUAUUGACUUGCUUUUAAUUUAACAUAAAGCAGUGGAUCGCUGAUUCUGUAUGGAAUCGUAAGGCAUGGCAUGAUUAUGUUUUUGUAAAUAAAGUUUAAAAUAAACGACUAAAAUGUAAGUAA